ACAUAUGUACCGUAAUAAAGAAAGAAGUCAAUGUCCGCAUCUAUUAUGGAUGGGGUUGGUAUAAAAGAUAAGAUAGACGCCUACAGACGUCAAAAACGCAAAGAAAAAAUGACGGAAUCUAUUAAAAAUGCUAUACAUAAUGUCUUACCGUGGAAUAGAAAUAAAACAGCUACGGAAUCUCCACUGUUACCGCCCACAAACGACUCAGAGGAUGUCCAGGAUAUGGAAAGCACCUGUUCAGAUGACAGUACAGACCAAUCGCAAUGUUCAGUGUUAACAACAGUAACAUAUCUACUUUACUUCCUUCUGUGGGCCACUUUAUACAUAAUUGCAAUUGAAUUUGAAUUUGGAGCGGUUUAUUUUGUUUUAUCAACAUUGGUAUUUAUUUGGUUGAAUACUGGUUCCAAGCCAAAGAAACCUGGUGAACUUAGCGCAUAUUCUGUGUUUAAUCCAGACUGUAAAGCUAUUGAAGGAACUCUUGAUGCUUCACAAUUUGAAAGGGAAAUACGAUAUGGUAUAGGAAGCAUGCAUUAAUAUAAAGCUUUUAAAUUCAUCUUAUUUAUCACAGGUAGAAGUAAUACAUGUUUUGUACUUAUUUUUAUGUACAUAAACGUGCAGUGCAUUUUAUAAUAAUAUCUGAAUGAAACAUAGGAACUCCUGAACAUAAAUUUGGAUUUAGUAUGUGGUAAAAGUGUUAAAAAGAGUGCAAUAAAUUUCAGUGGUAACUAAUUAGUGUUACCACAGUCAUUAAAAAAUAUAUUAUACCUAAAUUGUUUGUACUUUUGCAUUUUUCCUAUCGAUCUUGUAAUAGUUGAAUGGCAAUUUCAUAACACUUUACCAUCUCAUUAAGAUACAUUGAAAUUAUGUUAAAAGGCUCGUGACUUAGUCUAAGGAAUUCUGACCAAUUAGUUCUUGAUUGAAGUUUAUUAUCAGGACAUAGAAGGGCUCUAUCUAAGUCCAUUAAGAAAUCAUUCAGUAUUCUGAUCUCAAGUGUGCUGGAAAAUAAUAAGAGACCUUUUGUAUUUUUGAAAUGUUAAAAUAUAUAACUAUGUAGUAAUUUAUAAAAAUUA